UAUUAUGACAUGGCGGCUCUCGGCUUCUUUAGAUAAUCUAUGGCAUUAUGGAUCCUCUCUGUGCGCGAGUAAACAACCAAUAGUCACAUAGCAUACUGAGACCUCCAGCACUGCAGAGGGUGUUGAGUGUGUAGGGAAGGAGAGCAGCCUGGAAAAGUUUACAAUGAAGUGAAGUUCAGAAGGACAUUCAGAAGUUGUACAAAAAUGGGUGAAUCAGAAGAACCAAGCGAGGACCAAUGCACUUAUCCAAUCAUACCUGGGAGUGACUUUCGUGCCCGCUUGCAGGUGUUUGUGGAGGAGAGGAUGCAAACCACCAUGUUGACGGGCAUGUUGAUUGGGGCCGUGGUGGCCGUGUGCUUAAUAGGCAUCUCUGUGCUCUUCCUGUAUCGCAGAUACAAACUCGCAAGUCAGCAGGCAGGUACCCCUCGAUAUCGCUUCAGAAAGAGGGACAAGGUUCUUUUCUAUGGUAGGAAGAUCAUGAGAAAGGUCCAGACUCUGUCCUCUACCCCAUCGUCUAACUCAGUUUCUAAGCAGCGCCUACGGAAGAGACCUAAAGUCCUAAGCAUAGCUCGCAGGAUCUUGCGGAUAAGGAAGGAGCCCCCAACUCUGCAGCCCAAAGAGCCCCCUCCCUCUCUACUGGAAGCAGAUCUCACAGAGUUUGAUGUGCAGAACUCAAAUUUGCCCUCUGAAGUGCUUUAUAUGCUUAAGAAUGUCAGGGUGCUAGGUCACUUUGAAAAGCCGCUGUUCUUGGAGCUUUGUCGACACAUGGUGUUCAUUGAGCUGCAGGAGGGCGAGGGGCUCUUUAGACCAGGAGAUGAUGAUGACAGCAUUUAUGUGGUCCAGGAUGGAAGACUGGAGCUGUGCAUUCAUGAAAAUGAUGGAACAGACCCUGUGGUGAAGGAUGUGCUGCCCGGAGACAGUGUUCACAGCCUGCUUAGCAUUCUAGACAUCAUUACGGGUUAUCCUGCUCCGUAUAAGACGGUGUCGGCUCGCGCAGCAGUGCGCUCCACUAUCCUGCGCCUGCCUGCCUCAGCUUUCCAGUCGGUGUUUGAAAAAUACCCGGAGACGCUAGUGAGGGUUAUACAGAUAAUCAUGGUGCGGCUGCAGAGAGUGACCUUCCUUGCUUUGCAUAACUACCUGGGACUGACCACUGAACUCUUCAAUCCAGAGAGGCAGGCAGUGCCUCUUACUGCAGUUAAUAGCGUGAUUGCUGAGGGGAGCCCCAGCCGUGUGCCUCGCAGGCCCCACUUUCACACACCAGUCUUUGAAGAGCACAGCCAGGGGCAUGCAGAGUCUACAGACUCAGAUGGAGGGAAGACCAGUUCUUCAGAGAACUUGUCCAUAGCUGUCAGGAAGCCUCGCUCAGUUUCCAUGCCAGUGGAUAUCACAGGAAUGGCAGGAAAUGACCUGAGCAUGGCAUAUGAGCGAGCCAGAGUGACCAUGGAGGAACCACCAUCCAGCCCUGUUCUAUACAAGUCUAUUCUGAAGAAGACUGUGACCAUGCAGCACACGCCGUCUGCGGUAUUUCAUUACACAGACAGCGGGGGGCGCUCUGAUGUCCACCCGAGUAAAGUGGGCGCCAUCUUCCAGGCAGCCAAAAAAGACCUUCUGGGGAUUAUCCAACUGCAGGACCCCAGUCUGCUGGAGGGCAGAGUAACUCUACACCAGGUGAAGGCUGGCUCAGUGGUGGCACGUCAAGGAGACCAGGAAGUGAGUGUGCAGUUUGUGAUUACUGGAUUGCUGCAUGUGUAUCAGCGAAUGAUUGACCGUGAGGAGGAGACAUGUUUAUUUGUGACUCAUCCAGGAGAGCUGGUGGGCCAGCUGGCCGUGCUCACGGGAGAGCCGCUCAUCUUUAGUGUGCGUGCUCACCGUGACUGCACUUUCCUCUCCAUCUCCAAAACCCACUUCUAUGAGAUCAUGCGUGCAGAGCCCACAGUCGUGCUGAAUAUAGCUCACACCGUAGUGCGCAGGAUGUCCCCUUUUGUCAGGCAGAUUGACUUUGCUCUUGACUGGAUGGCUGUGGAAGCUGGUCGAGCAGUCUAUAGGCAGGGCGAUAAAUCGGACAGUACAUUCAUAGUUCUGAGUGGACGCUUGCGUUCAGUCAUUCUAAAGGACGAUGGGAAAAAGGAGCUGACUGGAGAGUACGGAAGAGGAGACCUCAUCGGAGUGGUGGAGGCUCUAACCCAUCAGAACAGAGCCACUACGGUGCAUGCUGUAAGAGACUCUGAGCUUGCCAAGCUGCCAGAAGGAGCGCUCAGCUCCAUCAAGAGGAAAUUCCCUCAGGUGGUCACACGGCUUAUUCAUCUGCUUGGACAGAAGAUCCUUCAGCAGGUUAAUGGACCUCUAACAGCACGCAGUCUGGCUUUCCACACCCCAGGCAGUAAGUGGGAUGCUGGGAAUCCUGCCUCUAACCUGUCCACUGUGGCUGUACUGCCCGUGUCUGAGGAGGUCCCUCUGACUGCGUUCACGCUGGAGCUGCAACAUGCUCUGAUUGCCAUCGGUCCCACUCUCCUCUUGACCAGUGACAUCAUCAAACAGCGUUUGGGAUCUGCAGCACUAGACAGUGUGCAUGAGUACAGGUUGUCAAGUUGGCUGGGCCAGCAGGAGGACAUUCACCGAAUUGUUCUGUACCAGACCGACAGCUCACUCACACCCUGGACACAGCGCUGCAUCCGCCAGGCUGACUGUAUCAUAAUCGUGGGACUGGGGGAGCAGGACCCAGCAGUGGGCGAGCUGGAGCGGAUGCUGGAGGGCAGUGCUGUGAGGGCUCAGAAGCAGCUGGUGUUGCUGCACCGUGAGGACGGUCCUCCACCCACAGGAACGGCAGAGUGGCUCAACAUGCGCAGCUGGGUCCCUAGACACCUACACCUGUCCUGCCCUCGCAGGGUCUUCUCCAAGAGGAGCCUUCCCAAACUGAGGGAGAUGUACCAGCGGGUGUUCCAAAAGCAAGCAGACCGUCACUCAGACUUCUCCCGGUUGGCACGAGUACUGACAGGCAACGCCAUUGCUUUGGUGCUGGGAGGAGGAGGGGCCAGGGGUUGUUCUCAGGUGGGAAUCCUCAGAGCGCUCACUGAGGCAGGAAUCCCUGUGGACCUGGUGGGGGGUACCUCUAUCGGUGCCAUGAUGGGAGCCCUAUACGCUGAAGACCGCAGCUACAGCAGGAUGAGGAUCCGAGCCAGGGAGUGGGCUGUGGAGAUGACAUCAGUGUUUAAGAAGAUUCUGGAUUUGACAUACCCCACCACCUCUAUGUUCUCUGGAGCAGCCUUCAAUUCCAGUAUCAAUACUGUCUUCCAGAAUAAGCAAAUUGAGGAUCUGUGGAUCCCUUAUUUUAACAUCACCACUGACAUCACUGCUUCAGCCAUGAGAGUGCACACUGAUGGUUGGCUGACCUUCUUCACUCAUCUGCUGUUUUUUUUUCUGUACAUGUUUCAUGUCUGUUCAGUAAGCAAACUUGUUUUUCUCUCUCUGUCUCCCUCAGGCUCUCUGUGGAGGUAUGUGCGUGCCAGCAUGUCUCUGUCUGGUUACCUUCCACCUCUCUGUGAUCCCAAAGAUGGACAUCUCCUCAUGGAUGGAGGCUACAUCAAUAACCUGCCUGCGGAUGUGGCACGGUCUAUGGGAGCUAAGGUUGUGAUUGCCAUUGAUGUGGGCAGCCAGGACGAGACCAAUCUCACUAACUAUGGAGAUGCCCUGUCCGGAUGGUGGCUGCUAUGGAAACGUCUCAACCCUCUGGCAGAGAAAGUCAAAGUGUUGAACAUGGCUGAGAUUCAGACUCGACUGGCUUACGUGUGCUGUGUGCGGCAGCUGGAGUCCGUUAAGAACAGUGAUUACUGUGAAUACAUCAGACCCCCCAUCAACAGAUACCGCACUCUGGAGUUUGGCAAGUUCGAUGAGAUUGCUGAGGUGGGUUACCAGCAUGGUAAGACUGUGUUUGACGUGUGGAUCAGGAGUGGAGUGGUGGAGAAAAUGCUGAAGGACAGGCGUCAGGAGGAGUUCCACAACACCCACAGAAACAAUAUGGUGACUUGUCCAAACGCCUCCUUCACUGAUCUGGCAGAGAUUGUCUCCCGCAUUGAACCUGUCAAACAAGCUCUUGUGGAUGAGGAGUCAGACUAUCACACAGAUUAUGAGGAGGAGCUCGUGGAGAGUGCUCUGUCAGACAUGGAGCUGCCGACUCACUGCUGUAAACACACAGAGGAGGAGCUCACUGCUGAUACUGAUGAAGAGCCAGAGAGAGCUCAGAAACAGUGUCUCCUUCUCAACCCAGAAAAUGUGGGGCCUGUAUCCUCCCCCCAGCAGCUCUACACCCCAAGCCCUCAAGACUCCCCCACCACACGAGCCAGAAAGGUGCGUGGACAGUAGACCCUCAGCCCUGACUUUUGACCUCUCACUUGACGCUGUCUGAGUGACCCUGGGCCCCCAUGUACCAACUCUGACAUUCCAAAACACAGCUGUCCUAAAAACACAAAUUGGCUUUCUACCCACCGAGUCCUGCCUUGAGAAUCAGUCCUGUUUUUCUAGCCUCCCUUGCUCUCCUCUUCUUAAUUGGGAUGUUUGGUUAAAACUGCACUGGCAGUUAGACAUGGGGAAGAUUGUAUUCUAUUUGGGAACAUUUACCUUGCAUCAUCUAGUCUCCAAACAUUAUGUAAGUGGGGGAUUCAAAUGAUUUACUGUGGUGAUACUCUUAGGAACAUUUCAGCAGAACCCUAUACCUUCACUAUGCAACUAUCAGAUCUACAGAUGCUGGCCAAAAUGUCUUAAUCUUGAAACACUGAUGAAAGAUCAAUCUAGGGGAGGUAGAAGUGAGUUAGACAAUCUGCUAUUUUGCUCUGCACUUCAUAGGAGCAGGUAGCUCAGCACUUUUUGUAUUAGAGACAAAUCUUAUGUAUAUAUAUAUAUAUAUAUAUAUAUAUAUAUAUAAGCAUCAGAAGCUGCUUACACAACCAGGCCUUUUUUGGAACAUUUAGUUUUUUUGUUUGUUUGUUUGUUUUGUUUCAACUGGUCCAGUAUACAAAUCCAAUGGUGAAUCCGCAGAUACAAACCGAAAGUCUGAGAGCACCGGCUUGGGUCACUUUGUAAAUGUUAAGAUUUCAACUACAACAGGUCAUAAGGCCUGUAGUCUGACUACAGAUUUGUUGUCAUCACUUUCAGAAAAGCAGUUUGAUCUGGACUGAGCAGUAGCUCACUGGAUAUUCAACAUAAACUAUCUGGAACAAAGUAUUUGUUUAAUGUGAAAUGACGUAAAAUGACUCUGUGCUUACCUCGUGCAACUGUGUGCAUACACACAUAGCAACCACACACAUACUCAGAAAAAGCAAGCUUAUCAAUGCAAUAUGACUUUUUUGUUUUUUGUUUUUUAUUGUUCAAGUUUUUGUUGGAGGUACUGUAUGUGAACCACAGUGCCUUAACCUAUUCUAUUCUUAAUACUACUAACCAUUGUAGUAAGUUGAGGUGGGAUUCCCCUCAUACUCCUAUCAAUGAGUCCAAAUAUGCUAACAGUCUAAUCAUAUUAUCUGUAAUGCCUAUUGUGUUUGACAUGUGCAUACACUGCAUUGGGUAUUUGGUAUGUUCUGUUUCUCAUCCACACUUUGUCUAAAUUGUUCAUGUUUAAAUGUGUUUACACCACUGACUUAACUAUACUGACUGAAGACUGGGUUUGGAGAAGAUGAUGCGCUGCAGUAAUUCCACUUUCAUGGUUGGUGGCAUUUCUGAAACAAUCACUCCGUUACAAUAAGUGUUCCACUAGAAUUAUGCAGUUGUUUUUCAUCAAGUUAAAAAAAUGAAGUCUAUGACCUUACUUGCAAAUACUCAUCCAGAGCUGUAUGUAUGUGUUGAUUCUUCUUUACAGUACUGUGCAAAAGUCAGAGACUAACCUUUAUUUAUUUAAUUUUCAUCAGUGGAAAAAAGCAGAAAAUAUAAAUUGAACAUAAAAUGACAAAGAAUCUCAACAACUAAAUCUAUUAAGUUUGCAGUAUUUUACCCUUUGUCUUUAUCACAGCUUCCAUUCUUUUUUUUUCAGGAGACUUGUUUUCAGAGAAAUCUGCUGGGCAUUUUUUUUCACACCUCUAAGGUCUUAGGGGUUGGUUGCAUUUUCUGUUUUCCAAGUAAUUCCAAACACAUUUAGAGGUCUGGAUUUUGCGGUGGUCAGCCCAUUGUACUGAGAAUGCCAGCAGCUUCUUUGUUUGAUUUGCAAAUUUGCAAAAUUUUCCUUUGUCUUUUUCUCAGUAAGGGCUUCUUGACAGCUACACUUCCUUUCAGACCCAUAGCACUAAACUGUCUUCUCAGAGUAGAAGGAUGGACAAAAACACCUGUGGAUUUGUUCAGACCUGAAGCAAGAGUGAAGAGUUUUUUUUUUUCCCUCUCUUUAAAAAAGGGGCUUUAAGUACUGCUGAUCGCAUGAGGACAGUUUUGUGGUCUACCAGGUCUUGCAAGGAGUCCAAUAACUGGAGUCCCAAACUGUUUUUCUUUUCAUUUCCUUAUGCAAGUGGGUUAACUUUUAUCUCCUCAGAAAUAUCUCCUGAACAGUUAACCUGCUAUUAAUUGCCAUUUUGACUGAAAAUGAAAUAAAUGAAAGGUGGUCUCUGACUUUUGCACGGUACUGUAGUUUGAAGCACAAAGAUUGAAGAAACGAUGCACAUUGAAGAAACCAAGUAGGAGCCGGUAUUGUUGCUAGGGAAGGGAUAAUCUGCUAACAUUUGGCAAUCUGUAUGUAACACACUAAUUUCUAAUAAAUUGUACUUGUUUAUUGUGUAUAGUUACUUAAAAUGCUUAAAAAGGUGAUAUGUUGCUGA